AAGGUGGUGGUGUGGUUGCUUCCCCCUCAUUAUCGCUUCAUCCUCUUCUUGCUUUGCAACAAAGUUUAUACUCCAAUAUUAAAUACUCCAUGGCCUAUUUUCCCCGAUUACUAAUUCCGAAUAUGGUUUUCUUGGUCGUCGUCAUCUUCUUCCUCGCCAUUCCCACACUUGGGAGUUCGGAUUUGUUGGGCAGGGAUGAUUUGGUGCAGUGGGCUGGUUACGGAGAAGAGAAGCUCUCCACCGUCGUCAUCGCUGGCACGAUUCUCUGCAACGCCGGUCAGCCAAGUCUGAAUCCUUCCAUCAAUCCCCAUCCAGUCUCAGGCGCAAAAGUGAGUGUGGUGUGCGGCACAAACAGGAAGGCGAAGAAGGGGUCGACCGCGAAAGGAAGGACAGAUGUUUCCGGAAGGUUCCUGAUAGAUCUACCUUCACACCUCCACGCGAUCCCGAACUUGGAAAAAGUAUGCCAUGUGAGAGUGGUUCAUAUCCCGGUGAGUUCUCCGUGUAUCAAAGCUUGCGCCGCGAAGCAUAACAAACCCAUAGCGUUGAGCUCGGUCGAUCAAGGCAUCCGCACCUACACCACCCACGACAUACAUCUCAGCCGCACCUAAAACAUAUUACUAGUACAACUUUAUGUCUCCCAACCACCAUAUCUAUAUCUAUCACCAUAAAGAGAGAGAGAUGGUUUGUGUGCCUGCGAUUUGUGUGGAGAGUGAGAGAUGUUUGUUAAUUAUACAUAGUGAUGACCAUGUAAAUGUUUUUUGAGAAUGUGCAUAUAUAUAUAUAUAUACACCCUAAACUUCAA